GCUCAGGGAACGCGCAGCGCGGCGAUCGCCGGUGCGCUUUGUCCCUCGGACACAGCGGAUCACGUAAAGAGCCGAAGAUGUCGGCUCAGUCAUGUAAUCAGCUGUGUCCAGUCACAGCUGAUCACUGAUCAUCAGGGCACUGUUGAUCAGUGUGCCCUGAUGAUCAGUGUAGCCCUAGCAGUGCCAGCAGUCAGUGUCCAUCAGUGCCAGCAGUCAGUGCUCAUCAGUGCCAUGUGCCAGUGCCCAUCAGUGCCACAUAUCAGUGCAUACCAGUGAACAUCAAUGCCACAUAUCAGUGCCCAUCUGAGCUUCCUUUCAAUGUCACCCAUCAGUGCCAGUCAGUGCCACCUAUCAAUGCCAAUCAGUGCCACCUAUCAGUGCCAGUCAGUGUUGCCUAUCAGUGUGCAUCAGUG